AAAAAAGUCGGUGAUGUCAAACGGUGCAGGCAUCAGCGGCUGCCUGUAACAGCGGCUUUCGCUGUUCUCAUACGGACACAUUAUUGUUUUUUUUUUGUAUACAGGCCUGCACUUGUAAAUGUUUAUUCGCUGUUAGCCGUAAUUAGAGAACAAGCGGGCGUUUAAGCUUAAUACACAUAGUCGUGUAGUCUGGCUAUCAAUACAUAAAAUGGAGGACUCACCGAGUCCUCAAGAUACUCUCUCCCAAAUCUGGAUGCUAUACACGGCCAAGAACGAGCAAAAGUAUUUUGAAGACUAUGCUUACCAUUUUCUUGAUAUUUACAAAAAUGUACUGGAGUCUGAAUUUCAAGAUUCAUCUAAUGCUGUGUUUUAUGAAGGUCCGCAUUUAACAAUUCUACCUAAUGAAAUCCUGAAGGCUUUAGGAAAAUACUUUUCUCAAUAUACGGAACAGUACACAACAAGUCUUGGAGAUGAUACAAGCACAUUAGAAAAGGCAGAAUCUUUACUGAAAUGCCUAAUUAUUAUUUCUCGGAAUUAUGAUAAUAUUCCAUUAGUGGCCAACAGUAAUUUUGUGAGCAGCAUCGUGAUAAUAGCCUCUGUUGUGGUAGAGCAGAUUUGUGAUUCAUCUGAACAAAAUAAAAAUGUGAUACUAUUGUCUUUCCUCAAGCAUACCAUUUACUUCUUUGAGUGUCUUUAUGACCCAUAUUUUGUGUGGAGGAAGCGGCUUCGAAAGUGUACAGUUGACAAAAGCCAUCUAAAUAUCCAACCUGCAUUGCUCCAUGUUGAAGUUAUUCCAUAUUUUCACGAAUGUUUUCAAAAAAAAUACCUGCCAGAAGAAACUCAAAUCCAUUUAUUGCAUAUGUUUGGUGGUGUUAUGUCAGGGGACCAGCACAAUGCCUUACGGUCAAUCACUCCAGCCACGUUGGAUGUCUUGUUAAAAGCUUUGUCUUCUCAGAAGCCCCAAAACGAACUAGAUGCUCCAGCCAGGUGGGCAAUUCCACUGAAGGAAGUGGUUCUCAAAUGCAUUGUACGGAUGGUGCAUGUUAUUCAUUGUUCCUGUCCAGACCAGAGACAAGUUGAAGUAGGUCAAAUGUUAGAGGGCUACCUAAGUGUUUUGCUGUCAUAUGGCAGUGAAGUCACCAACAAUGACAGUGGAGGGCUUCUUCUUAUGAUAAACAUUUUAGAAACAAUUAAUGAGAUGCUGUUGUGCCGAGAUCGAAAAGCAUUGCAAGUAAUCUUAGUUGCCUGUGGAACCAUUGAUGCAUUCAUAAAACUCCUUCACGAGACUUUGCUUACUGGUGCUAAAGCUCAAAAACUGGCUGUGGAAAUCCUUGAUGUCAUCAAUAUGAUUCUGUUGGGUUCGCCAAGUGCCAAGGUGAAGUUCCAGUCAAACAAUGGCUAUACUAAGCUUCUAGAAUCUUUAAAAUGUUUGGGUCAACCGUCAAUGGACCUACUUAAAUUAAUUUUAAACUUGGUUGUUGAAGAUGUGUUUGAUGACCACAAAUUGCAAAACAUUCGGAAUGUGCCGGCUGCCAAACUCCUUCUUCACUGGUUACCUGAUAUCCAGUCUGCUGAUCUUCAAGUGUGGUUGUCCAAAAAGCUGCAGUUGUUAUGUUGCCAUGGUUAUAUUAACUUAAUGAACUGCUGUAACGAAGGACUAAUAGGUUCCAUUUUGACUGCUUUGAAGAGAGAAAAACAAAUAACUUAUAGAGCUGUCUACAAUCUGAUCCAUCUCCUGGAAACCAUGGCAACUUUAUCAAUCUCAUCUCUGGAGCUGAAACAGCUGAUAGGUUUAUUACGAAUUGAUGAAGAAGACAAAAUGAUACCGUACUGCAGCCGACUGUUAAAAGCUAUGUCCACAAUGGCUCGGCGAGAUGGAAGAGAUGAAUCCUUACACUUCUUUUGUAUCCAAGAACCGGGAGCUGGCAUCUCCAUUCCGUGCAUAAAGAAGUGGCCUGGGGCUGGUUUCUCUUUCCAUUCAUGGAUCUGCUUGGACAACGAAGUCAAUGUGUCUGAGUUUAACUUGUACGACACAAAAACCUACCGUAGACAGCUUUACAGUUUCUCAACAAGUUCUGGCAAUGGUUUUGAAGCGUUCUUCACUUCAGACGGUGUCCUUGUGGUCGCUGUGUAUAACCGGAAAGAUCACUCGAGUGUAUCACUCACAGAUUAUCCGUUUAAAGAUUCACAUUGGCAUUGUCUUGACAUUGUUCAUACUAAUUCUCGUAGACCAUUUGCUAACAGUCAGUUGGCUAUAUACGUUGAUGGUUGCUUGAAACUAAAUGUCCAACUUAAAUUUCCUACUACAACUGAGGCCUUCUCAUCCUGUAAAAUUGGCUCAGCUGGUCUGAGAUCACCUGUAGAAUUCCUUGUGGACAUGUCUCCAGUUUCCCCCACAGUUCCAGAACGUAGAAGAAGUUCUUCACUUAAAUUCUUCAACUUUAGCUCUUCAACAAGAUCAGAUUAUCAGUCUGAGGUGACCAAUCUUCUUGGAGGUACUCAAGACGAUACUUGGGGCCAACCAAUUGCUCUGAUGGGUCUACUUGGUUCAGUGUGUGUCUUCCAUGAACCUUUACAGCCAGGGGAAAUAAAGAGUCUGUAUAGUCAUGGUCCCAACUAUUCAAACAUUUUCACUGAAGAUGGAGACUUUUCUGAUCUUCCAGGGAAACUUUUGCUUUACUACAAUGCAAAGGCUUGUAAAGAUGGUUUCUGUAUUGAUCUCUCUUUCAACCAAAACCAUGGACAGCUACAUGGCUACAAAUGUAUCACAUGGGAUAUCAAGGAUGUGAUCAACUGUAUUGGUGGUAUUCAGAUUUUGUUUCCCUUACUUGAACAUAUCAACAAAUGUCAUCAUUUAUCUGCUGAAGUCCUUGAAGCUGGCAUGGAUAACAACUUCAAUCGUAACCCUAUAGAGAGGUCUGUUUCAGAUCCAAAUGAAGAAUGGGUUUUGGUUCAGCAUAGUUCUUCAACAGAUGCCAAGCUGGAGCAGAAUCAGGUGGCAGCAUUCCUAACUUUAUUAAGGAACAUGCUUCAGACCAAAACCAAAAACCAAGAUUCUUUUAUCCGAACACAUGGUGCUGCAACUGUUGGAGCUUUGCUGCAAAAGGUGAACUCUGAGCUGAUUGAUGUCCAUGUACUGAUGGCUGUUCAACUUCUCGUUGAAGCAGCUGCGACCACCAACACCAUGCUACUACGCCACCUCUACCAGUUUAUAUUAUUUGAUUUCAGAGUUUGGAGCCGGAGUGACUUUCCAGUUCGGAUAGGUCAUAUCCAGUACCUGGCUACGAUAAUCAAAGAUGACCGAAAGCACUUCCGUAAAAAAUAUGGUGUUCAGUACAUUCUUGAUGUUAUCAGAACCUAUUACAGUAGUGUAACUGAAGGUAGUCUAACAAAGGAAGACACAAAGACGAUACGUGUGUCGUUGCUGGGCUUGAUAAAAUUUUACAUCGCCAAAGACAUUACAUUUGACGAACUCUCACAGAUUUUGGCUUUUCUGCUGAAUGUUAAAGAAGAAGACUUGAAAUGUGAAGUGUUAGAUAUAUUGUUGAUGUUGAUGGAAAAUCCACGGAAAAAACCUGAUCAAUUGAUUUUGCUCCUGUUUGAACCUGACAUGUCUGAACUCCUCUAUAUUCUUCUCAUUGAUACUCACUACUCCAACAAACUGACUGAACGCAUUCUUAAGCUAUUCCACAUCUUAUUAACUACAGACAAAGUCUAUGACAAAAGCAAGAAUCGGUUGCGUCUACACGAGAUGGGCUAUGUCGGCAUGUUGAGUAUGAUGAGAGAAAGACCAAUCUCUUUACCUGUUGCUGAACUAAUGUUAAAGCAACUCAUGCUCUCAGGUAUGAAAGCAAGUAUUUUCCGUGAUACCAGCCAAUGCUAUUCUGCCAUCUUAGGACUGAUGCAAUUAAUCCAAGAAAGUGACAUCAGUAUUAAGCUGGAAUGCAGUAAGCAGAUUCUUAAAAUGUUGGUGACUGUAAAUGGUGCUGCCAAGAACUUUGCCAAACAACUAUGCUGGCAGGAAAUUUUAUGCAAAUUAUUUAUUUAUUAUCCCAAAUCCACGUGUACCAUGUCCAAUUCUUUUUCCCAUCCAAUAUUAAAAGCCAGUGAAGACUGCACCCUGAGGAUGCCCUCAUCCGUUUCCAGUUAUGUGAUCUCAAAAUCUGGCGAAGAUUUAGGGAAUGAUGUUGAAGUCAGUUCCCAAAAGAUGUUUCUAGAUAUUCGACCAUCUGUACCCCCCCAGUCAUUACUGUCACCUUGCAGCCUUGUUGGCACGCCUAUGUAUGAUCAGCUGAAGUCUGAGUACUGGGGAUUAGAAGAUACAGAAGACAGGGAGAGGUCAAUGAGCCGUAGCUCGAGCACCAGUAUCGAAGAUCUGAGCAGUCUGAGAGGGAGUGGGAAGAGUGCGGAGUCCCUGUCAAAUGGAUUGAUACCUCACAGUGAGAGUUUUAUCGACAUUCCUACUGUGCCAGAAGAAGCUGAGAAUGAAGAGUUGCUUCGAAUCCGUAAACCCUCAGUGCUAGAGGCUGAGGCUUUCCAGAAAGCACUGGAUAGUCUUGGCAUUCCAAAGAUUUAUGUGCAGGAGUCUGUAGACGAUAGUGAUGAGUUUAUGGAGAAUAUGUUGAUGGUACUGGCAUUGAUAACAAUGAAAGGUGUUGAGGGCUCUGAUAAAGCAGCUUGGAGGGAAAGGGGUCAAGUGUUCUCUUGCCUUGAUAAAAUGAACCAAUCAUAUGAACUAUUGAAACAUCCAAAUGAGUUAAAGCGCCGUCUUCUUGAAAUAUUGCUCAUCUCAUGCACGUACUAUGUGCGGGAUUCAGGUCAAUCCAUGGCUUACCACACAGAAAAUGCUGUUGAAUUAAUCAAGAUUGUACAGGAUUUCAUUAUGGAUAACAUCAAUGGUAGUGACUUUGUAUAUAGUGAAAGGUUGGUAGAGGAUGUUAUGGCUUUACUGGAAGCUUUAUCUGUCUGGGACACUCAAUCAGAAUCAGAAUGGCGAGAAAUGGUUCAUAUUGGGUUCCGGAUCUUAUUAUCAUUUGCUUGUCGACCAGAACUUGAGUUGUGUGCUGUUGCAACGGCUCGAUUGCAUUCAUUGGUGCAGACGAGAAUCUUAACAAGUUCAGCUGAAGCCUCUUAUCUUGUGGGGACACUGUACAAUCACUUACAGCUUGCAAUAAAUGAAAACAGCGAUACUUACUCUUUUGUUAUCCCAGUGUUAAAAGCUCUCAUCGACAAAUCUUACACACUACUGAAUAUGGAAAUCUACCUGCCACAUUUACCACCAACUUCAAGAAGUCCAACAUUUUUUGAUGAUUUCCGUGUAUAUUGUCAAGAGAAAGAAUGGUCAGAUUUUGUUAGCACUCAGAUCAACCCUCAAUUACAACAGUUUAUAGAAAAAAUCUUUUUGGAACACCAAUCAGCGAUGAUCGAAUUCUGGAGUGAAUGCCAUGAACAGAUGAUGUUGAACAAACACAAACGAAACCUGGAGCAGGGAAAGAGCAAACUUGCUUUCCAGAGUCAGAUUGUGGAUGUUGCCAAAUCUAAGGUAUCUCAAGAACAUCGCCGAUUCCAGAAUGUCACAACACAACUUCGCAACCAACACAAUGCAGUGAUGAGGCAGUGGAGAGCAACAAAACGUUUCUUUCUAGCAAAACGUGGGGCCUGGUCUGAUGAAUCUUCUGAAUGCAAACACUGGAAACUAUCAAACCAGGAGAAUUUCUCUCGCAUGCGAGUUAAGUUAGUGCCAAAUUACAAUUUUGACCCUCACACAGAACCAAGCCGCCUUCGGGACAAUCAAGACCUGCCAGAUAAAUCAGAGGAAGAUGGACUGCAGAAACUUGAACUGGCCAAAGAAGCUUUAGUUUCCAGAGAAAAUAUAGCUGAUGAUGCGUUGGGAGAUGAAGAUUGGAAUGUUAUCAGUUCAGCUAAUAUGACCGGUGAAGAAUACUCUGGUAAAGAGAAGCUUGUUCUACUUGAAGACUGUGAGCUAGUUACUAUGGUGGAUGUUAUCAAAGGUCGUCUGGAGGUUACUACAACACACGUAUACUUCUUUGACUGCAGUCCUAUGAAAGAAGAAGGUGGAGAAGACUUUAAGUGGAACCUAUCUCAACUGCGAGAGAUUCACUUCAGACGUUACAAUCUACGAAGAAGUGCCUUGGAAUUAUUCCUGAUUGACCAAACUAAUUACUUUUUAAAUUUUGAAAAAAAGGUUCGUAACAAAGUUUACAGUCGAAUACUCAGCCUUCGACCUCCCAAUCUCAUCUAUCAUGGUACGAGAUCACCAGCAGAAUUAUUAAAAGCUUCGGGACUAACACAGAAAUGGGUGCAGAGAGAAAUCUCCAAUUUUGAUUAUCUGAUGCAGUUAAACACAAUUGCUGGGCGGACAUACAAUGAUCUGAGCCAGUACCCAGUUUUUCCUUGGAUAAUAUGUGACUACACAUCUUCAACUUUGGACAUUGACGACCCUUCAAUCUAUCGUGACCUCUCCAAGCCUAUUGGUGCUGUUAAUCCCAAACAUGAAGAAGAAAUCAGGGAAAAAUUUGACUUGUUUGAAGACCCCAGUGGUACAGUGGAGAAGUUCCAUUAUGGUACUCACUACUCCAAUGCUGCCGGAGUCCAACAUUACAUGAUUCGACUGGAACCCUUCACCACAUUACAUAUACAGCUGCAAAGUGACAGAUUUGAUGUUGCUGAUCGCCAGUUCCAUUCCAUACCAUCUUCAUGGCAGUCGAUUUAUGAAAAUCCAAAUGAUGUCAAAGAACUUAUUCCUGAAUUUUUCUACCUUCCUGAAUUUCUGUAUAAUAUGAACUACUUUGAUCUCGGUACUCUUCAAGUUACUAAAGAACGUGUUCACGAUGUUAUUUUACCAAACUGGGCCAAAACAGCUGAAGAAUUCAUUUACCAACACAAAAAAGCUCUGGAAUCAGAAUUUGUCUCUAGUCAACUUCAUAACUGGAUAGACUUAAUAUUUGGUUACAAACAGAAAGGACCUGCUGCUAUUGAAGCACUAAAUGUAUUUUACUAUUGUACAUAUGAAGGUGCUGUUGAUUUGGAUGCUGUAAAAGAUCUAACGGAAAGGAAAGCUCUAGAAGGGAUGAUCAACAAUUUUGGCCAAACACCGUGUCAGCUACUGAAGGAAUUACACCCCAAGAGAUUAAGCUUUGAGGAAGUUUCUUCUCGAGCAAACAAAUCUGAGAAGCCUUUGAGUAUACUAAACUUUAUAAGUCAGCUGAAAACCUAUUUCGUCGAGGUGUCUGACAGCAAUGAUCCUGUCGUUUAUAUAAGUGUGCCAAGGAUACAGACACGCUCUAUCAUUCAACAUGGCAUGCCUGAUAGUAUGAUAACUUUGACUGAGGAUCGCGUACUUGGUGUCCAUGGUUGGCUAUGUUAUGAUAAAUCAAUUUCCCACUAUUUCACCUUUGAAAAAGAUCCUUCUCUGGCAAACAACAAGACAAAGAAAAGGUUACCAGGGGCUUUUUCACCUGGUCUGAAAGUAGAGCCGAAGCUGUUUGUGGUCUCCCAUGAUGCUCGUCUUCUGUUCACUGGGGGCCAUUGGGACAACAGCCUCCAAGUGUUUCAUUUAAGCAAAUCAAAGAAAGUCAACCACAUUAUUGGACACAUUGAUGUUGUCACCUGCCUAGCACUUGGUUAUUGUGGAAGCCACUUGAUUACUGGCUCCAGAGAUACAACUUGUAUGAUCUGGAAGGUAUUGUUUCAGGCUGGGAAUGCUUGCAGCUUAUCCAGUAAACCAAGCCAGAUCCUCUAUGGUCAUGAUGAUGAAGUCACUGCUGUACAUAUUUCUACUGAGCUUGAUAUGGCUGUGUCUGCAUCCAGGGAUGGUACUGUUAUCAUUCACACUGUUCGUAAAGGACACUACAUGAGAACUCUACAGCCACCUUGCGAUCCAGCGGAUUGUUUAAAUAUACCUCAAAUUGAUGUGGCAGAUAAUGGCCAAAUUUGCCUUUUCUGUGAACAUUAUCAGACACCAAGAACUACUACCAAAUAUUCUCUCCAAUUGUAUACAAUUAAUGGUAAACAUCUCUUCCAACACCAAGUUUCCCAUGCCAUUCACCAUAUGGCUAUUGGUGAAGAUUACCUCGUUACUGGCAAUGAUCAAGGAUAUCUCACUAUUUAUGAACUUUUUGGACUUGCUGUAAUCACAACGAUUCCCUUGCUGGUGCCAAUACAGUGCAUUGCAUUCACACCCGGUAACACCCACAUUCUUGUCGCUCUCCGUGAUGGCAAACUCAUAAUUGUUGGGACCAAAAGUAAAGCUGAGAUAAAAUAGACCACCUUCGUUUUAGGACCCACAUUCUGGAACAUCUAUCUGUAAACAACCCCUUAAAGCUAUUUGGCAGUUCUAAUGAAACUUCGUGCAGUUGCUUGAAGCUCAUUAGGAAAUUUACUGCAGCUCCUUGGUGAUCAUUAUAAAACUCCUUACAGUGGUUAUAGUGGAAACUCCUUGGGGAUGCUUGACAGUCAUAGAGAAACUCCUAUUUCGUGUGUGGGGAUACCAUAAGGAAGCUCUUCAUGAGCAUUUUAAGGGGUUGUGGUGAAAAAUACUUUGCAGCUCCUAGAGAAUGUUUAUGAAAUAUUUUAGAGCUUCUUGGAAUUCAUUAUGAAACACCUCAGAUGUCUUUAUGACUAUGUUUGUGAAACUCCAGGAAGCACCUUGGUGCUUACGUUGUCUUCAGUUUCCUACAGGUGUAAGCUAUAUGCUUCUGUAUACAAAUGAUUGACACCCAACACAGUUCGGAGUUAGCAAUGGCCUUGUCUUCCUCAUGGACUUUUACUGACGACAUACAUAAUUUAUAAUGGACUUUACACAUUUUGAAAGAUCUCUGUUCAAUCCACAUAUAUAUAUAUAUAUAUAUAUAUAUGUAUGUAUAUAUAUGUAAAUAGCAUUUUGUAUACAAAAUAACUACCAAAUUUUAAAACUUUGCUUAUGUGUAUGAGAGUGUAUAUACACCAAUAUACACUCAUUAUAGAUAUACGUGUAAAUUUUUAAAUCAGUGUGUGUGUGUGUGUAUAUGUACAUGUAUGCACACACACAUAUAUAUAUAUGUGGGUAUGUAUGCAUAUAUAUAUAUAUAUAUAUAUAUAUAUAUAUAUAUAUAUAAAUAUAAAUAUAAAUAUACAUGUAGGUAUGUAUAUGAAUUCAUUUUGUAAGUAAAGAUAUAUGCUGAUAGUGUGUUUAGAGAAAACUUUGAAUUAUAACGGAGAAGCAAACAUUAAAAGAAUUCAUGGAAUGAAGGUCAACAAAAUUUCUUGAUGAAAUUCUUCUCUCCUGUUCUAAAAACUUUUCUUCCAAAUGUUAACCAACAGAGAAUAAUUGCAUAAUUAAUGUAAAAACGGAGCUUUAAAAAUGAAGCCUAAAUGUUGGGGGGGAGAGGAUAGAUUUUAUUACUGGGUGUUUUACUGCUGAAAAAAAAAGAAAAACAAAAAAAAAGCACAUAUGACAGUGACUUUGCAAAAGAUUUGGCCGUUCCUUUGUUCCAUUUAUUGUUGGUUUGGUCUCAUUUGGUGCACUUUUGACAGGGUUGAUAGUAGGACUGAUAGUCUGGGAUAGAAUAUUUUAUAUACACACAUAUAUAUAAUAUAUAUAUGUGUGUGUGUGUGUGUGUAUUUUUAUGUAUAUGUGUGUAUACAUAUGUAAGCAUGUGAGUGUGUAUGUAUGUGUUCUUAUAUAUAUAUAUAUAUAUAUCUCAUGUGAUUGACCAGACUAUCAGAUGUAGUUAUACAUUGCUGGUCACAAUGCGCUUUGCAUUAUCGUUUCAGGUCUUGAAUGAUAUCUGCUAGCUUGGCUAUCAGGCCAAUAUAUAUAUAUAUAUAUAUAUAUAUAUAUAUAUAUAUAUAUACCCACAUACAGCAUGGCCACUGCCUGAAACAAAAAGUAUGUAUGUGUGUAUGAGAGAGAGAGAUACUGUGUUGGGGAGGAAGCAUCUAACCCAUGCAAGCAUGAAAAUGUAAAUAUGAUGUGGGUGAUGAUGAUGAUAGUAAAAAAAACGAAAAUGAGCUAAGGGAGAUAACUCAAUGGCUAGAGAUGUAUUUAAACAACCAAGUCAAAUUGCUGCAUAUUAAACAAGAUACACAAAGAAAUUCGUAAUUUAUUGAAAUUACCUCCCUUCCCAGAGAGGAGAUACCAAUCACUUGGUGCUUGUUGAUACCAACUUCAAUUUAGAAAGGAAGAUAAUUUCAAGAAUUGAGAAUUCUCCAGAAUUUUAUUUGCCAUUAAGGAAAAGACAAUUUGAUUCUCUGAAGGCACGAGGGCAGCUGUGGACGCAGGUUUGUUUUACUUUGUUUCUGCGUUGCCCACACAGCAAUUGUUUUACAUUAUCUUCAGCUGACAAGGUAUGUGGACAUAUACAAAAAA